GCGGGGCCGGCCGGCGGUACUUCCGGUGCCCACGCGCCGCCGUCGCGCAGCUCCCGGGCCGUCACUUUGUGUAGCGCGGGGCCCGCCGCCGGCCAGCAGGCCCCGGCCCCGGUGUCCGGCCCGCGGCUCGGCCAGCCCGGCCCGCGCGGUCUCUGCAGGAGGAGGAGGCUCCGGACGCCCCCUGGGGGGCGGGAGGCGCUCGGCCCGUCGCCCCAGGAGCCCGCUUUGUGACCUUGGGGGCCUUGUCUGGGCUUUCCCUCAUCUGCAGAAGGAGCCCUGGUGGGCUGCUGGGCUGUCUUCUGCUGCCGGCAGCUUUGCCUCUUCUUCCUGUCCUUGUCUCGCCGCCUUCUCCUCUUGGAAGAUACCUUGUCACCUCCCAUUCUAAAUGUUGGCUGCAGCACCGUAUCCUAGAGUGAAGGGCCCUAGUAGAAAUGAGGGUUUGGGGCCAGGUGAGGUGGCUCACGCCUGUAAUCCCAGCACUUUGGGAGGCCGAGGCAGGUGGAUCACCUGAGGUCGGGAGUUUGAGAAAUGAGGGUUUGGGAUGACGUUGGUAAAGCCCCCUGUGGCCUCUGGUUUGGGAUUGAUGCUGAUGAGGCCCCUUGUGGCCUCUGACCCAGAGUUGGAUGCCAAGGGAGAAGUGAGCAGUGUUUACAGUGGACUGGCAGGCUGGCAAGAAGAAGGAAAGAGUGCAGGCCUGGGGGAGGCAGAGAGAACCCAGGGCGAGUUGCUGGAAUCUAAACUCUGCCCGGACCACUGAGGUCCCUUUUUCAAACCAUUCUGUUCUGAAUCUCGGGUUGGGGACGAUGUCUGGCUGUGCUUCUGACCUCUGUAGGAGCUGGUCCUCCACCUUCUCUGGUCAUCCGUGGGUGGACUUCUUGGGAGAAAGAACUCAGUGUCCUCUUCGGAGGCAGAGACUCUCCACUGCUUCCGGGGAAGGAGCCUGACCUGCCAGCUUCCUGGCACCUGUCUCUCCUCCCAGCCCUGUUGUGCCUUCCAAGUGCCUGCAUCCUGUCUGUGCUGAGACCUCUUGACGUUCCGUGCUGGCCUGGUUCAUGUGUGUUGAGGACCAGGCCACGCGGAGGCUCGCUCCCAGGGAGGAUGGCGGCGCUCCACACGGCUCCCGACUCCCCAGCUGCCCAGCUGGAGCGGGCAGAGGACGGGUCAGAGUGCGACCCUGACCAGGAGGAAGAGGAGGAGGAGGAGGAAAAGGGGGAAGAGGUGCAGGAGGUGGAAGAAGAGGAGGAGGAGAUAGUGGUGGAAGAGGAGGAGGAGGGUGUGGCAGAGGUAGUGAAGGAUGCACAGGUGGAGGAGGUGGCCGAGGUGGAGGUGGAGGCGGACAUGGAGGAGGAGGAUGUGAAGGAGGUGCUGGCAGAGGAGCAGUGUCCGGCGUUGGGGACCCAGGAGCGACCUAGCCGUGGUGGUGAUGCCAAGUCCCCAGUUCUUCAGGAAAAGGGCCUGCAGGCCUCCCGGGCUCCAGCCACUCCUAGGGAUGAGGACCUGGAGGAGGAGGAAGAGGAGGAGGAGGAUGAGGACGAGGAUGAUUUGCUGAUGGCUGGGUCUCAGGGGCUGGUGACGUUUGAAGAUGUGGCUGUGUACUUCUCCCUGGAGGAGUGGGAAAGGCUGGAAGCAGACCAGCGGGGCCUCUACCAGGAAGUCAUGCAGGAGAACUAUGGGAUUCUCGUGUCCUUGGGAUACCCAAUUCCCAAGCCCGAUCUGAUCUUCCGGCUGGAACAAGGGGAAGAACCUUGGGUCCCAGAUAGCCCCCGACCUGAGGAAGGAGACAUCGUCACUGGCGUCUACACAGGAGCCUGGUUCUGGACGGACGACAUAGAGGACCACGAGGAGGAAGACGACGAAGACUUCCUGGCAGAGGUGGCCGAGGAGGAGAACGAGCCCCCAGGGCUCUGGUCGGCGGCCUACGGCGUGGGGGACGUGCCUGGGACAUGGGGGCCCGACGACUCGGAUUCGGCGCAGACUCCAGAGGGUUGGGGGCCCGACCCAGGCGGCCUGGGGGUCCUGGCUGACGGCUCUGAAGCGAAGCCUUUCCUGCCCGGCCGGGAGCCGGGUGCGAACCUGCUGUCGCCCUGGGCGUUCCCCGCCGCAGUGGCCCCGCCAGCCGGGCGGCCGGAGACCACGUGCGACGUGUGCGGCAAGGUCUUCCCGCACCGCUCGCGGCUGGCCAAGCACCAGCGCUACCACGCGGCCGUCAAGCCCUUCGGCUGCGAGGAGUGCGGCAAGGGCUUCGUGUAUCGCUCGCACUUGGCCAUCCACCAGCGCACGCACACCGGCGAGAAGCCCUUCCCGUGCCCGGACUGCGGCAAGCGCUUCGUCUAUAAGUCGCACCUGGUUACGCACCGACGCAUCCAUACUGGCGAGCGGCCCUACCGCUGCGCCUUCUGCGGCGCGGGCUUCGGGCGCCGCUCCUACCUGGUCACGCAUCAGCGCACGCACACGGGCGAGCGGCCCUACCCGUGUCCGCACUGCGGCCGCAGCUUCAGCCAGAGCUCGGCGCUGGCACGGCACCAGGCGGUGCACACGGCCGACCGACCGCACUGCUGCCCCGACUGCGGCCAGGCCUUCCGUCUGCGCGCCGACUUUCAGCGCCACCGACGCGGCGGGGGCUGCGCGGAGCCGGGUGGUGACGGCCCCCGGCGGGAGCCCGGCGAGACGGCGGCCGCCGCGGGGCCCGAGGACACUGACCCUGGGCCAGAGGGGCCGGAGGGACCUGAAAUUGGCGAGGCGGACGGAGAGGCGGAGGCCGCGGCCGAGGAGAGAGAGGAGGCGGCAGUGGCGGCGCCCACCCCCAGCGGCAAGGCGGACCCCGCGCCGGACCGGCGUUUCCUGGAGCUGGGCAACGGCCUGGGGGAGGGCGAAGGCCCCUCCUCCCACCCGCUGGGCUUCCACUUCCCCGUGCACCCCAAGUCCUGGCUGCACCCGGACAGCUUCCCGAUCCUGGGCCUGCCCGACUUCCGAGAGCGGCUGCCGGUCGACGGGCGCCCGCUCCCGGCGCCCCUGGGGGGCCCGCUCUCCCUGGUGGAGGGCACCGGGCUGGCCUGCGACCCUUUCGGCGGCGGCGGGGCCGCGGGCGGCGGAGGCGGCCUGCGCGCGUUCGGGCCCGCCAUCGGGGGUCUGCUGGCGGAGCCAGCGCCGGCCGCGCUGGCGGAGGAGGAGAGCCCGUGGAUCUGCUCGGACUGCGGCAAGACGUUUGGGCGCCGGGCCGCGCUGGCCAAGCACCAGCGCUACCACGCGGGCGAGCGGCCGCACCGCUGCGCCGACUGCGGCAAGAGCUUCGUGUACGGCUCGCACCUGGCGCGCCACCGGCGCACGCACACCGGCGAGCGGCCCUUCCCGUGCCCCGAGUGCGGCGCGCGCUUCGCCCGCGGCUCGCACUUGGCGGCGCACGUGCGCGGCCACACCGGCGAGAAGCCGUUCGUGUGCGGCGUGUGCGGCGCGGGGUUCAGCCGUCGCGCGCACCUGACGGCGCACGGGCGCGCGCACACCGGGGAGCGGCCCUACGCGUGCGGAGAGUGCGGCCGGCGCUUCGGACAGAGCGCGGCGUUGACGCGGCACCAGUGGGCUCACGCCGAGGAGAAGCCGCACCGCUGCCCCGACUGCGGCAAGGGCUUCGGCCACAGCUCAGACUUCAAGCGGCAUCGGCGCACGCACACGGGCGAGAAGCCCUUCCGCUGCGCCGACUGCGGCCGCGGCUUCGCGCAGCGCUCCAACCUGGCCAAGCACCGGCGCGGCCACACGGGCGAACGCCCCUUCCCGUGCCCUGAGUGCGGCAAGCGCUUUUCGCAGCGCUCGGUGCUGGUCACGCACCAGCGCACACAUACGGGCGAGCGGCCCUACGCCUGCGCCAACUGUGGCCGCCGCUUCUCGCAGAGCUCGCAUUUGCUCACCCACAUGAAGACGCACCGCGGAGCCACCGCAGCGCCGGGCUCGGGUUCGGCCCCAGCCCCGGCGCCCAAGCCCGAGGCGGCCGCCAAGGGGCCGUCCAGCGCCGGCCCGGGGGAGCGCGGCAGCGCCCUGCUGGAGUUCGCGGGCGGCACAAGCUUCGGCUCCGAGCACCAGGCCGCGUUCGCCGGGCCCUCGGGCACCUACCGGGAGGGCGUCCUGUGAGGGGCCGGGGGCCGACGGCAGCACAGCCUGCAGGGCCACCGGCCCCUCCCCUGGACGGCCGGCCCCCCGCUCCUCGGGCCCCGGGAGGCUGAGGGUCCUAGUCCUGGGUGCGGUGCCUUCCCUCAGCCCCCGCUCUGCGGCCCCGGGUCUCCUGCCCGCCGGGUCCGUGAGCUCAGCCGGAGACGUGGGGGAGCUCUGGGGAGAAGAGCAGCGCGGAGGCAGCGAGGCCGGGACGUCACCCCCACGGAGACUGCGAUAUCCCCUGGGUGGGCCCGGGCUGUGAAGCAGGGCGGUAGUUGGCGGGCGAUGCUAUUUAUUUCACUCGGAUUCCGACUUGGGUGGCCUGGGGCGCAAGGGACUUGUGCGUUUGCAACCAGGUGUGGCGGCGAGGGAGGGGAAAGCCCUUGCGCCACGGGAGGGUGGGCCGGGCCACCCAGGUGGGCCAGCGGGAUGCCUGGGAGGCCGGUGGGUUUGUUUGGCUGACCACUUUUUCCCAUUCCUCAGUGGGAGACUUGGGGCCUCCCGGUCAUCCGAGUCUGUCCCGAAGGUUUAACUGCGCGCGGCGAGGGGAGGCCUUGUAGGUUUCCAAAGGGCAGAGCUCCAGUGGGAAAACUUGAAACUUGUCGUCUGCGGAUAUUUAUUUCCACCUCUUGUAUGGCCUGAAGAAUCUAGGAGGAGAAAAAGCCAGAUACCAAACUUACGGCCAGGCAGACGGGUCGCGGGUGUUGACAGGGUCCUGAGGGAGUUUGAAGCCUUAUUCUCGCGCCGCCUUCUCUCCUCUCCCCACACGUGCACCGAGGUCACCUCGGCGCCCGCCGCACCGGUUCGGUUUUGGUCUCUGCUUGUCCUCUCAGUCCUUUGAUACUUUCGCCUCCCUCAGCCGGAGGUGGCAGACAUCUACGGGCGCCCAAGGCCCUCACAGCCCUGAGCCCCAGCUUUCACUUCCCUGGGCUGCCCUUCUCCGGGAGCAGGCAGACGCCCCGUUCUCGGAGCCUAACGCUCACUUAGAGCGACUGAAGUUGGUCGAAGGAUCUUUCCCCACAUCCCAUAGUCAGGGCCCUAGGACACCCGCAGGUCCUUUUAACUCUGCUUCUGUCAUUACACUAGAACAAGUAGUGUUUCUGUUUAGAGUCCCAUUUCACAAAUUGGUUAGUGGAGGCACCCGUGGCCUGGCAGCUUGCACAGUGGCUGUCCACCUCAGGGGGCGGGUGUGGACCUGAGCUGUGGCUCAGUGACAAACCAGGCACCCAACUAUGCAAGGCCCCUGCCUGGUGGGCGUCCCACCCUCCGGACUGGGCCCAUGGAAGCCACUGGGCAGGCAGCUGGGGUGUAGUUUAUGUGAAGCCCCCUUCCCCUCACGCUUUUGGGGUCACUGUGAAUGGGGCCAGGAAACGGAUUUUUGGUGCAGCUGCAUUCCCUUAUAGACCUAGUUCCCUCCACGUUAGUGUAGACAUGGCCUUGGGGGCUGAGCGCAGCAGCCAGGCUGCCGGGGCUGGGGGCGGGUAGGAGGCAUGGUAGUUGGUGGGUGGGAAGAGGGCCUGGGUGGUGGCGGUCAGUUAGCCUGGCUGGGUGAGGUUGCAGGGCGGGGUGGUGAGGAGAGUAGGGGUCCCAGGGAGGCAUCGGGGUGCUGGGUAAUGGCCUCGGCCCUGGGUUUCUCCUCUCCCUGCGGGACAGGAGCCUCAGAAAGGGCCAAGGGCAGGUGGGCUUGGGGGGCUGUGGGAAUCUCAGCUCUAGCCCCGUAUGGCCAGGAUCUGCUGUCCCCGUCUCUCCUGGGCCCCAGCAGCUGUCCUGCAGCCGUCGGCAGGAGGGCCUGGCUUUAAUAAAGACUGGACAAACUGAGCUUCUGACUGGACUCCAUGCUGUCGCCACUCCUCGGAACCUGUCGGGGAGGCUCUGCGCGGCCUCAGGUCCAACUUGUUUCUGCAAACAUUUUUUAAAAGAUUUUUAAGAAAUUAGAAUGGGUCCUAGGAUGGCCCAUGAGGAGUUGGCCCCAGGCCAGUGUGGCCCCGUGCUGCCCAUCCCCACCGUCUUCCUUGGUGGCCCCCACGCUGCCCCAUACUUGAUGUAGUGCAAACACCUAUCUUGGGGCAUUACUGUUUGUGAAGAUGUUGGCCAGGCUUCCAGAGGCCAGAGCGAGGGGCCAGGUACCCUUCGUGGUGGUCCAAACACAUUCCCAGUCCUUUCCUCAGAGGCCCCAGCACCAUGUGGCUCAUCCAGGGCUCUCCUGCUCCAGUACCAGGGCAAGGUGCACAUCCCCAGGGCCCCAAAAUGCCUUCCUUAAAGCUGAUUGGUUGAUUUCUUUAUUCUUAUCACAUGGUAGCCCACGAUCAGAUCUGACUCUCCUGUCCUUUCUCUGUGGGUCUGAAAAAUAAGAACUGCUGUAAUCAAAUGUGAUCUGGAGGCAUCAGAACAGAGCAAUCUAAUGCUGCUUUUCUUGCCCAGGCUGGAGUGCAGGGCACGAUCUUGGCUCACUGCAACCUCUGCCUCCCAGGUUCAAGCUAUUCUCCUGCCUCAGACUGCCAAGUAGCUGGGAUUACAGGCAUGUGCCACCAUGCCCGGCUAGUUUUUUUGUAUUUUUAGUAGAGAUGGGAUUUCAGCAUAUUGGCCAGGCUGGUCUGGAGCUCCUGAUCUUGUGAUCCGCCUGCCUUGGGCUUCCAAAGUGCUGGGAUUACAGGUGUGAGCCACCGCGCCCGGCCACAGCAACCUAAUAUUUCAAUAGAAAAAAAAAAAAAAAGCCGGGCAUGGUGGUAUGCAUCUGUAGUCCCAUCUACUUGGGAGGCUGAGGUGGGAGGAUCGCCUGAGACCAGAAAUUCAAGGCCAGCCUGGGCAACGUAUUGAGACUCCAUGUCUGAAACAGACUUUUGAGUGGCAGACAAAUACAAAGACCUAGUUAAAAAAUGGAGCCCCUUGAGGAUCUUACAGUCUAUUCAGAAAAGUUAAAUGAGGCUGGGUGCGAUGGCUCAUGCCUGUAAUCCCAGCACUAUGGGAGGCCAAGGCAAAUCCCUUGAGCUCAGAUGGAUUCCUUGAGCUCAGGAGUUUGAGGCCAGCUGGGACAACAUGGCAAAACUCUGUCUCUAUAAAAAAUACAAAAACUAGCUGGGUGUGGUGGCAUACAUCUGUAGUCCCAGCUACUCUGGAGGCUGAAGUGGGAGGACUGCUUGAGCCUGGGAGGCAGAGGCUGCAGUGAGCUAUGAUCUCUCCAUUGCGCUCCAGCCUGGGUGACAGAACAAGACCCUAUCUCACCAAAAAAAAAAAAAGAUUUCCUGAUAGAACUUACAGUUGACUGUCCAGCCAAAUACUUAAAAAAAAAGUUUAUAGGGAGAAAAAUACCCUCCCUCCCCAUCCAAUGGUCAUAGGAAAAAAAGUAGACACCCUUUAUUGCCAAGGAGGAAUUAAACCCUAGUGAUCUGUGAAAUGUGAGUCACGAAAGGUGGCACUUAGAGGGUCCCUCAGCCCUGAGAGUCACUUUCCCCUCCACCUACCUUUGCUAUUUCCUUUCUCUCUUGCCGGUUUCCCCAACCUCCUUCCUUUUCUGAUUCCUUUUAUCCUGAUCUUUUCACUUAAUCUCGUCCAACAUUUCCUUCUAUGUCCCUUUUUUUUUCUCUAAUUGGCUACAUAUGGAACAAAGUAUUUUGAAUUACUGGGUUAUAUCUAUUAAAUAAAGCUUUAUGAUCUUU